GGUGCUUAUUUAGUACAAAGUAGACACAGAUUACGUAUAUUUUGAUCCGUUCUAAAGUCGUCUCAUUUCUUCAGUAGCAAAUAAUUAUUAUAAAGUGACUCGAUGAUAUAGUUUAAAGUCGAUUUCUUUUAGCACUAUUUUAUCCAAGUUAUUUAAUUAAUAUUUUUUAUGUGUUUUUUAAGUGUCCUGUGUUACAUGGAAUGUACGGCAAAUUAAUUUAAAAAGCUAUUAUAUUAAAUAGUUAAAGAGUAGCAGGAAUACACAAUUUUAAAACUUUGAAAUCGAAAUGGACUUAUCAGAAUUGAGUUAUAAUUAGUGAUUUCGAAAAUGAAGUGUAAUCGAUAUUUUCGAUUUUCAAUAAAUCAUAAUAAUAACUCAUAAAAUCGGAUUCUAUAAUGGUUGAACUUUAUCCCAUCAUUUUUAAACCGUCUACAAAACAACAAGAUUCGAAUCAUCUCAUUUCCAUAGAAUCAACGAUGCCUUUUUGUUCGACAAAUAACAGUAAUAACGAUCCACCUGUUUCUGUUAAAACUGAAUCAGGAUUAUUGGAAUCUAUGUGUGCAAGUUGUGGCCUGAAAAUCUCUGACAGAUAUCUGAUGAGAGUUGCAGAUAGAAGUUACCAUGAAGAUUGUCUUGCUUGUUCAGCAUGUGGUAAUUCUUUGUCAAUUUCAUGUUUUAUCAGAGAUCUUAAAAUAUAUUGCAGAUCUGAUUAUGAACGAAUAUUCGGCGUAAAGUGUGCUCGGUGCUUAGAGAAAAUAAGUUUUUCUGAUUUAGUUAUGCGCGUCGCCGGAUUAGUGUUUCAUGUGGAAUGUUUCGCUUGCUGCAUGUGCGGGCAGCCUUUACCAAGAGGAGCUCAUUAUGUUUUACGACAAGGUCAACCAAUUUGCAGAAGAGAUUAUGAACAUGAAUACUACUUGAGUAGUUCUCAAGAAACUGAGCAGCUGGCCUGAGUAACUUAAAGAACAUCUGAGUUCCUGUACAUAUCUCGACGAGCAAACAAUUAAUUACAGACAGGGUUUCGUGGAAGGAGGAACACGAUGAUUUGUUAGACGAAAAUCGACCUCGUGAUGGUCGCCGAGGACCAAAACGACCACGAACUAUAUUAACUUCAGCACAACGACGUCAGUUCAAAGCUUCAUUUGAGUUAUCUCCAAAACCAUGUCGAAAAGUUC